GAUAAAUUGUGACAACCUUACAGGUGCCCAGCAAUGGAAUGUAAAUACGAGCUAAUAUGUAUGUUAUUGAAGAGGAAAUCCUUUGAUUGAAGUUCUGGAAGGAUGCGUAACAAUUUCAAUAGUUUAUUUUGAACCGAAUGUGUGUUUUCAUGUGCAAAAACACUUGAAAACAGAACGGAAGUCCAAAUUUCUUCUCGUCGUCCUGCCAUGGAAACAUCAACAUGGCUGCUCCAGGACCCGAGGUGACAGCUCUUAUGAAAAGAGGGAAGCGAAAUACUGCCAGUUAUUAUAAAGGAGAGUGUUUUCGAAAAGGCGGACAUAAUCAGUCGCUGUUUAAUCUUUUGGACAGUUUAUUCGACCCGAAAACAAAAUCUAUUGACGAUGUUGACACGAUUGAUUGGUGUCGAUGGUUGAUUGCUGGCGGAUCCACAUUUGACGAAUUCACUAAGACAGUUAAACAAUAUGACAAUGCCAUUAUUUGUGGGUUGGUGUGGACAGCCAACUUUGUGGCUUACCGUUGCCGGACUUGUGGAAUCUCGCCAUGCAUGUCGUUGUGUGCCGAAUGCUUCCAGGCAGGAAUGCAUGAAGGCCACGACUAUAACAUGUUCCGAAGCAAAGCGGGCGGAGCUUGUGACUGUGGGGAUGUCAGUGUUAUGAACAAAGAUGGGUUCUGUUUGCGUCAUGGACCAAACCGUGGCAAGCAACACUCUACCCCUCCCCCUGAUCUGAUGUCCAUUGCUGAAGCCAUGUUACCGAGAGUUGUUCUCCGACUCAUACACCACCUACGAGACAGCUCAAAUAUAGACAUGCAGGGUACCUACUCCUUGGCUAUGCAGGACGCAGAACAAUACCUGACAUUUCUUCACAGUCUCAGUGACAUGGGAGCGGCUAUGAGGAAAGUGAUGGGACAGGCACUGACAAACCAAGUCAUCUACAAAAACCUGACAGAAGUUACAAAUCCAGAGGAAGAGACAAACACCUACAAAGUGGAAAGUCAGAAGAAGUUUAAAACCACAGUAGAGAAUAUGAAGUACCCAAAAGUCUUUGAUGACUAUAUAGGGAUGCUGGCUGGCAUGCCAGGUCUAACACAAACGUUAAAUCACAAAACCUUACUGGAGGAACUUGUUUUCUGGAUGGUCAAGUUUGAGUUCCCUCAGAGGAUGGUCACCUUACUUCUGAGUCUACUGCCGGAUGAUGAUUACAAGGAAGCAUUUACCAGAGCAUUCAUAGACCACUACAGUCGGAUAUCACUGGUGCUGGUCAACGGACUGAGUCGGCCGGCCAUCGCUAAUCGAGUGGUCCACAUCAGUGUGCAGUUGUUCAGUAAUGAGACGCUGGCUAAGAAGAUGGUGGAGGAAUAUAAUCUAUUGUACACUCUCAUUCUAAGCCUUACCCACAUGGUAGAGAACAUUGUGACACAGAGCACACUCCAGGAUUCACAGAUGAAUAUGCACAUGGUGGUGGAUUGUGAUAAUGAUGUGAUGAAGGACCAUUGUUACUGGCCAGUGGUCAGCGACCUAAUUAACCUCCUCUCCCAUCGGACCAUCGCCCACAAGUUCCUCAGUGACCUUCGUCUCAUCAACAUGUGGUUGGAACUUCUCUGCUACUUUCAAGGCAUGAACUUGAACCAGCGUGAGCUGAGCCAGCACAUGGGAUUUGAACCAGAGACAUAUUAUGCUGCCUUCUCAGCUGAGCUGGAGAUCGCUUCGUCACCAAUGUGGUCUCUGAUGUCUCACUGCAAAACCAAGGAGACGGCGCAUUUUACUAAGAGUAUGGUCUCUGUAUGUCUCGAGAAUCUGAGGGAAUGGUUCGAUGCCAUCAACUGUAUGGAAUCAACAAAGCCCAAUCCGUACCAACUGACCUUCCACCUGCCGCUACACCGCUACCUGGCAAUAUUCCUAGUACACGGCGUUCAAUGUCAGGAUAUUCCUAUAACAGAGUUUGAUUUGGCUCCGAAGAAGAUGAAAACUAUUCUACACCACCUGUUACAAAUACAGGUCAGUGUUUCAGAGGUGUAUGCCAACAUGUGGAUAAGGAAUGGUUUGCAGAUCCGUGGUCAAGCGAUGACCUAUGUCCAGUGCCAUUUCUGCUACUCUAUGGUUGAUGCUGACUUGUGUUUACAACAGGUUUGUGCCUGUAAGUUAGACCCGGACUUCUUUGUACAGACAGUGUUAGAAAGAUAUCAUGUGACAGACUGGCUCUCCUACUCCAAUCACCCUAACACAGACCCCAGCUUUAAACUCGAGCCGGAGCAACAACUGGCUAUGGUGGACGCUGCAUUGUCAUAUCUUGUAACUCUUCUCGGGGUGCGGACAUACUUAGGAAUAGAUGAAAGGGACCUGGUCAGACUUGAGAUGUCCACCCUGCUUUGUGUUAGUGACCGACAGCACAGCCAACUGACCGAUCUGAUGCCGGAGAAGUCGGGAAUGAUAGGUCAUGGUACCGAACUCUUUGAGCCGAUAUUGAAGGAGUUGGCAGAUUAUAAAGCCCCAAACUUUGAAGCUGGGGCAGGUUUACAACAAGGCACUUACGUACCAAAAGAUUUUAUCUGGGAGAAGGAGUUUGAUCCUGUCCAUGUGGCCUUACGAGCUGUGUACAAAAAAGACUUCCAAUCUUCCAUGGAUAGAUACAGUGCAUUCGUUCGGCAGAAUGGGAAAUAUUCUGGGAAGACGCCACCUUGGCCACCGUUCAAACCUCCAGGGGAAGUCAAUCCAGCAUACAAAGAUAUGUUUAAGAUUCUCCAUUGUAGAACUCUUCAUGCCUUCCUUUUUACUGUUUUACACAAGGCGCUGACACGGAACACAGUUCCCGAGAGCUGCCUCUAUUAUUGUAUUCACUUGUUAAAUCUUGCACUCACCAUACCCUGUACAGACAGUCGGAGAAGGACCAAAGUUUUCCAAGGCUGUGCUCCUAACGGAGACUACAAGGAUUGGUUUUCCUCCACUAGUUUACUACAAAAUGCUUGUGACACUAUAAAAGAAGUACACGUUUCCGUCCUCAGCCUCGAGCCUGGCGACAAUUUCACUUUUCCCGCUGACGUUGAUCUUGUCAACUCUAGUCUGGAGGAGAUGUUUCAAAUGGCUCCUAGUUCCAUUAUGAGCUCUGGUGGUCCUAUUACUGCCGCCCACUCCGGCCAUAUCCCUAGCCAUCCUACUCUGCUUCCCAUGCCAAGCGAGGGAACAUUUCCUGUGAUGCCAAUCCACUCUCUUUCUAGUCACUCUGGUGCCAAAACAAAUGACAAACCAAAAUACGAAAGUAAAGGUGUGUCAACCGAAACAGCUCCGCCUGUUACCAUACCAAUUAACGAGAGUUUAAUUUCUCUGUUAAUGAAACUGCAUGCUAAACUAUCGGGAAAGGCUGGUUCCUAUGUCCCUCUGUCAAUGUGUAAUAGACUUCCCUCAACCUCGCGAGUUGGGGACGGCUCGCAUUUCAUUACGUGUUUGUUAGACAAGAUGUCACAACAGAGUUCUCAGUGUGCCAAAUUGAUUGAGGAGACAUAUCAACAACUAGUCCCAAAAUCGGAGGAUGACGGUAAACAGAAAUCUGGCAAGAAGGACGACAGAAAGAAGAAGGCUAAAGAACGACAGGAGAAAUUGAUGGCACAGUUUGCCUCAAAACAGAAAGCUUUUAUGGAACAGAAUUUUGAUACAGAUAUACAAGACGACAGCAGUAGUACAACUUCAGAGAAGCCUGAUACUAAACAGAUUGUGGAGGAAAAGGAGUUUGACUGUGUCAUCUGUGGGCAUAGCUCGCCGUCCACUACAGACAAACCAAUCGGUCUAGUGGUCCUCAUCCAGGCCUCCAGUGUGUUGGGCCACAGACUACAGACAGAGGACCCCAUCCAACUUCCUGUGGAGGGGGAGAAGGUUCUUACUACACCCAUCUCCUGUGAGUUGGCACAGAAAAGACAACUCAAGGCUCUGUUUGAACACUUUGAAGAGACGUCAUGUCAGAUGUCGGUUAACAUUGGCUGGGAGGGCGGCGUGGUAGUCCAGACUUGUGGCCACUACCUACACCUGGACUGCCACAGUUCCUACGUGGCAUCAUUAACGACCCAGGAGGUGAACCAAAAUCUUGUGGUCAGCAAGGGAGAGUACUGGUGUCCACUCUGUCGACAGCUUGCUAACUCGGUCAUCCCAAUCAUCCCCGAAGAGAGCAAGUACACACUGGUGAAGCCGGUCAGUCCGGUCCUAACACAGAUGGUCAAGGACAUUGCAGAGAUGAUGAUUCGCCGUCCCAUAACACCGAGGUCCUCCACACUGACCAAAGCCAUGGGUAGUGUGAUGGAGGAUCUAACCAACGUGACGUAUAGCGUCUACAAAACCUACACCACGUCACAGUCGUCAGAGAGUGUCCUCCUGUUUGUGUGCUCCGUCGCCAGAUCUAAUUUGGAGAUAGAGUUGUUACAGAGAGGAGGAGAUCUAUGCCCAGCCACAUCAGUGGGUCGCAAACAAAGCUUCUUGCCUCUCACCCAUGUUCUGAGUAUGCACAGCAAAAUACUGACCACCAAACCAUACACUGACCUGUGGUCACACAUCACAGGGGUCACGUGUUCUGAGGAGUCCAGCAGUGUACGGCCGUAUAACAAGGAAGUUCCAGUGUUACUGAAGGAUCCCUCCUCACUCCUAAUACAGCUCAUCCUCACUUUACCAGCCACCAUCGAGAAAGAACACUUCUGUGUGCUGACUAAGAUGCUGUAUAAUGUGGUAUUUAUACAAGCCCUCGCUUGUACCAGCUGUAAAUUCACUAUGGAUGAACGAGAGGCAUGGAGGAAAAAAGGCCGCAAGGUAUCAUUUGACAGUCUGGAGGGGAUGUUAAGUCAUGUGAUUACUAGGUUAGAGGUCAGCCGACUGUACGAAGAUGUUGAUAUGCAAGAUGUUGGAAUUCCCGCUAUUUGUCAGAGUGUGUGGUCACCACACUGUGUAGACAUGGCCGUCCAGGAUUUCUGUCUCCCAUUUCUCAAGAUUGCAGCCCUUGUCCGACAUCACAUCUUUGAACAGGAGUUUCCAGAGAAGACGCCAAAUACAACAGAGUUCCAGGAGACCUGUCAGUUCCUUGGACUCAAUAAGAUUGGCACGACAAUCACACAACCAGGUCUUGUGACCAGCUCGUCCAUUGUCCAUUGGCUAGUCCCAGAACCUUUGACCCUGGUGAGGGCUUGGUGUACAGACCUGACAAACUUCAUAAACAGUCACCCUAGUGAUGCCAAGACUCUGUUGCUGAGGAAUCCAACGUGGUACCCGCCACAGCUGAUCGCACUACCGCAUCAUUAUUACAAGAUCUUCCAGGCCUACAACAGCGCCACAUGUUCUAUGUGUACCAAUGUCCCCAAGGAUCCGGCUCUCUGCAUGGUCUGUGGCCGAUUCCUGUGCUUCCGUCAGGCCUGCUGCCAACAACAGCGGAUCUACGAGUGUGUGAGACAUUCCAUCGAGUGUGGUGCAGGGACAGCCAUGUUUCUACUUGUCAACUCUAGUGUGGUAGUUGUGAUCCGUGGGCCGAGGGCCACACUCUGGGGAUGUGUAUAUCUGGACGAACAUGGCGAGGAAGACAGGGACCUCAAACGAGGCAAGCCACUGUUCCUGAGUAAGGAGAGAUACAAUCUGUUACAACACCAGUGGAUCUCUCACAAUUUCGACCAUAGCUGUAAACGCUGGAUCUGGCAUCAGGAUCGCCUGUAAACGUUUCCUGUAUAUCCUGUAACCAGUUAAGAUGACAGUAAAUUCCCUAAACUUCCAGUACCCAUGCAUUCAUGAUGGCUGUAUAAACACCAACAUUUCCUGUAACCAUUCAAGAUGGCUGUAUACACCAACAUUUCCUGUAACCAUUCAAGAUGGCUGUAUGCACCAACAUUUCCUGUAACCAUUCAAGAUGACUCUGAACACCAACAUUUCCUGUAACCAUUCAAGAUGGCUGUAUACACCAACAUUUCCUGUAACCAUUCAAGAUGACUCUGAACACAUUUACUGUAGGGAUAUCCUCUAGGAUUCUAAGGUGGUAUUCAACACCACCACUUCCUGUAGGAGUAUCCUGCUGUUACCUUUCAGAUGGUGGUUCAAAACAACAAAACAUGAUUUCCUGUAUCAAGUAUAUACUGUAACCAUUUAAAAGCUUGAUUCUGGCUCCAUAAUGCCUGUAAAUACUGUACGAUACUGUUUCGCCUGUAACCUAUACCCAUUCAUGGUGGAGAUUGAUUCCCUGGUGUCUGAUCUUCCUGUAAAGGAUUCUAGCUUGUGUUUGUCUAAAACUACACUCCAGCCUUGAGUGUUGAUGGUAGAUGUGGGUUCUGUCUUUAUAUCUACCAUUUACCCCAUUUUUACCUGUAACCACUGUGUUAAGAUCAUGGUGUAUAUAUUGACCCUGUCACGGGUAUGUAAGAUAAAAAUCUAUUGAAAUCCAUUGAAAGCUGGAGUCUUUCUGUUUGUCAGAAACAACAGGUUCAAUAAAUUUGGAUUGCAAUAUUUUCAUGGAUGCAAGUAGGAUUUGACUAAUAGCUCAUUAAAACACAAACAUUUGGACUUUCCCUUCCUGUGUUCAUUUGUACUACAGAUGCAUUGUAGUGUUUUAACACUUUACUUACGGAAUCUGUGUGAAGAUCAGAGGGGAGGGGAGGUAAUUUAAGCAUUCUUUGAACUACUCUGCUAUGGAUGGUAAUGUAAAUGUAAAUAAUUUGUAGAACUCAAAUUAUAUUGCAAAACCAAAUUAAAACAUAUUAGCAGAAUGAUGAAUUAGUGCACCAACAAUGAUUGCCAUAGAAACUAAUGUAGUUAAACUACAAUUAGCAGAAUAUUGAUUUAGCAGAAAACUUACAGUGCAAAAACCGCUAUAAUAAAAUUACCGCUGAAAUAUUAUAAGUUUACAGUAUUUAUACUGUCUUAUAUAUUGACGAAGAUUUCCAAUCAAAUAUCAUACUUGACAUGUUUUAAAUUAGAAAAUCCUUUUCAAAAGUUAAUUAUAAGCAAAUUUUGUUUGCAAACUUCUGUAAGAAUCCGCUACACGGAUUCAUACAGUUUGCAAACAAAAUUUGUUUCAUACCCCGAUGAAACUAAA